UUAAUGCCUAUAACUCCAUUUUAUAUAGAAAUAUGUUACAUGAACUGUAUUUCCAUUCUAGGGAUUUCUGGUGAUCACGGACAGAAGCCGGAUGUCUGCAGUAAGUUCCCCCAACAAGAGAAGGGCAAACCACUGGUGUGUACCAAGGAAUACCGUCCCAUCUGUGGUACCAAUGGCAUCACUUAUCCAAACUUAUGUUUCUUCUGUGCAGCAAAGAGGUCAGUGACUUUCCCAACUUUUUGGCAUACUGUGCUGCAAGCCAUUUCCAUGCAUGAACAUUACGAGGGUUUUUAUUAUGGGCUGGUGGAUCUAAGCAUUUGUUUGUUUGUUUGUUUUAGGGACAGUGACGUCCCUCUUGACAUAAAGCAUGAAGGAGAAUGUAAGGAUGUGUGCAGUAAAUACCCAGAACCACCUAAGGGCCAGUCUCCUAAAUGUACAUUGGAAUGGAAACCUGUUUGUGGCAGUGAUGGCCAGACAUAUGGCAACUUGUGUGCAUUUUGCCAUGCGAGAAGACAAAGUGGAAACACUAUCACAAUAAGCCAUAAGGGUCCAUGUAAGGAAAAGGACGAGUGCAGUGACUUCCCAGUCCCACCCAAGGGCAAGCCUGCUGUAUGCACAUAUGAAUUAGCACAAGUCUGUGGCAGUGAUGGUGUGACAUAUCCAAACAAGUGUGCAUUUUGUGAUGCCAAAAGGAAAAGUGGCGGCAAACUAACGAUAAAGCAUGAAGGGCCCUGUGAGCAACAGGAGGAAAAGGGCGAAUGAAAGAAGACUUAGAGCAAAGCAGCAAGAAUUACU